AUGGCUGUAGGUACUGCUUCACUACUCGAACCAAUACCUUCAUUCUUCCCAAACUCAAAGCCUCUCUCUCCGAAAUGGAAUCCUCUCUUACAGAGUCUGCCAAUACUGUCCUUAACCUCCUCCACGCCUAUCGUCAGAUUCUCCAAACCCAACCUUCCUCCUAUUAAAUGCUCCAACUCCUCGAAGAAGAUCGAAUCCCUGUCGAGAGAGCAACACAAUCCCUUCCAAACGAUUCUCGAUGCCGUUUUCAAGACCCUGAAAUCGCUGCAGAAGCUGGCGAUCGCAGCCGUCCUUUUGGGGGUCCUCCUGGCCUACGACUCGCAUUCGGCGAUCGCGACUAUCGGCGGGAGGAUGGGCGGGGGGGGCAUUCUCGUCGUCAUCGCCAUCUUCGUCCUUGUCAAGGAGCUACUCGGUCCCACCAUCGAGCUGGCCUGGGUUCUCUUACUCGGUGUCGUACUAUGCCCCGAUGCCGUUCGAGGGUGGUGGGGGUGUUACAUGGGGCCCGCCGUCGGUGUUGGGGUGGGUACCGGGUCAGGCUUCUUUAUGCUGAUGAUGGGUUUUGUUGCAGCCAUUUUGGUGUUGGGGUUCCUUUCUGAUCAACGAUUUAAAUAA